CUCGCCGCCAAUCAUGCGUCAACAAGCCUCACCCACGCUACCUACAACUGCGCCCAGUGUGGCUGCUGUAUGCGUAACAGCUGCUGUUCAUUUCCCCAGCGUCGUGAUGAAUCUCCCGAUGCUAACACUUGGCCUACUGGCCCAAUAAACAGGUCUAGCCUCAUAGGAGAAGGAAUCCAAGUUCGACGGAUUGGGGCAGAACGGAAGGCUCCAACUGAUACAUUGGGCCUCCGGCACAUCUUACACAUAUCGUCCCGACCCCCGACUGGGGUACGUACCGGGCCCAUAGCUGCCAAAUCAAAUGCGACCGCCAGGGGCCCAGCUAAGCUGCUGGGUGAGCUCCCCACUUCCAGGUGCUUGGUGUGUUCCAACAUCAUCAAUUGAUACCAACAUCACCCUCAUCGAGACCUCCCACCGCACCCCACGGCAUCCCGCAGAACGCCUUCAAUAUUAACCUCUCAAGCCUCUCUACUUCUUUUCCUCCUGUAUCGGUUAAACAACCAGCCCUACUCAACCGCCCCUUUGUCCUCGCAACCGGUCGUCUCUAUCGCACAGGCAACCACCCCUCCCCUUGAAGGGAAAUCCCCCAGAGUCCAGAGUCCCGAGAGCAACACCUCGGCUUCUUGACACACCUGUACCGCCUUGCAACGAACUCUAGGCCGACCCCAAGCAUACCGGCAUGCUGUAGCUCGCCAUGGCUCCGGCGCAAUACAUCCUCGUUUCCCUGCCCCUCCGCGUCUUCGAUGACGAUCCGCUCAAGUCCUUGGCCGCCACCGUCGGUCGUGACAAUGGCGAGGUGCUGCCCUACCCUGUCCCGUCGUUCAAGAUUGGCACACUCGACGCCCUGGUGCAACAUGCCGACGACCUAGCAAAGCUCAACGGCGCCUGCGAAGCUGCCGUCGCCAAAGUUGCCGAUUCCCUCAGAGGCAUUUUGGAUGGUGAUGAAGACCUAGUGGCUCAACAAAAGAUAGUCAAUGACAAACCCACGGAUCAGUACCUGCGCUCAUUCCAAUGGAACAAACUCCGCUACCGAGCUGAUCGGCCUCUGGUUGAGCUCAUCGAAAAUCUCCAAAACGACUUGCAAAACUCAGAUAACGAUGUCAAGGCCAAGUUCAACCAGUAUAACACCGUCAAGACGAAUCUCGCCGCCUUGGAGAGGAAACAAACAGGAAACCUCGUCACCAAGUCGCUCACGCCCAUCGUGGACCCAAAGCUCCUUGUACAGGACUCGGAAUACAUGGAAACGCACCUCAUUGUGGUGCCGACGAACGCACGGAAAGACUUCAUCCGCAGCUAUGAGACACUUGCUCCCAUGGUAGUGCCGCGGUCAUCUAUUCAGGUUGCUCAGGACGACGAAUUCACGCUGUUUGCAGUCACAACGUUUAAGAAGACGAGCGCCGAGUUUCUUCAAAAGUGCAGGGAGCACAAAUGGACCCCUCGCCAGUACAAGUAUGUGGAGGGCGGCAAAGAAGAAGAGCAACGCGAGCUCCAACGCGUCGAGAAGGAGGCGAGAAAGGUGCGGGCCGAGGCCCUUUUGCUGGGUCGGACAGGUUGGGGUGAGAGUGUGAUGAUUUGGGCACAUGUCAUGACACUUCGCGUCUUUGUCGAGACAGUGCUCAGAUACGGCUUACCCUUGGAGUUUGCGUCGGCACUUAUCAGAACAACGCCAAAACAAGCCAAGAAGGUCAAAACAGCCUUGGACUCGGCAUACUCGUACCUUGGGGGAAAUGCGUUUGGCCGGGACAAGCAUGGGCAGGUCACCAAGGACGAUGCAUCUCUAACAUCCGAAAUGGCUGCGGCGGGCCUUAGUGUGGGCGAGGGCAACGAGUACACCGCAUAUGUGUAUUAUGAAUUUGAUCUCCCGUAAUCGGUUAGGGGUGCCUUCGUGAAGGCAUGGAGGGGUGAAUAGGGAGUGGCUGUAUGGUUCGUCAUUUGGGAGUCUCGGUGUCAAAUGCCUCUUUAACUUUCCUCAGCCCUAUUUUUUUCUUUUUGUUCCCUUGAGAUGGAUGCCAGAACUUGAUGUAACUUGUAGUGGCUUUGCCAUUCGGUCUCCGA